ACCAACUGUGCACAAAAAUAGUGAUUUAGGUUCAAUAAGAGUUUAUCAUAAUUUAACUUAAUAAAUAUAUUUUUGUGGUUUCAGUGUAAUUACUUCUAAAUAUGGAAGAAGCAAAGUACUUGGACCAACCAAGUAAUGAAAAUAGCAGUCUUACUGAUGGGGCCUGUUCCAGUUUUGAAAAUGACCACGAGGACCUAGUUGAUGGAAAUGAAUUGUUGGAUAGACUGGACAGUGAAGAAUUAACACAGCUGAGGAAGUGUUUCUAUGAGAAGAUAGUUGAUGAGAAAAUAAAAGAACCAAAGGGAAGCAUACAUCCAAGAUUUGGUGGUUCUAAACUUACCAGAGAAGAGUUCAUUGAAGCCAUUGCAAGCGUUUUAGGAUCAAACGCUUAUGAUGAAUGUGCUGACAAGCUGUUCAGUCACAUUGCUGAGAAGAAUGCUGAGGAACACAAGGGAUUCAUCUGGUGGGAACAGAUUCUAGACUCGGUCAUAGACUGGAUGACGAAGCAGAUCCGAGAGCGCCCUUCCAAUGUUAUCAAAGAAUCAUUUUGUAAUCUCUGUAUUCUCACUUAUUGCAAGAGAGAAACCAUUGUGCGAGUGGUGCCAGUGGAGACCCCUUCCUCCUUCUGUUACGUGAUGGUCUCUAAGUACGGCAGAGUGGGCAUUUAUGACUGGGGAAUGUCAUUGCUGGAGCAGUACGAGAUAAAGUUGGGAGCCCAGGUUCCCACCCAGGCAGGAGAGGUGAGGCGUACUACCUGGGUGACAGAUGCAGUCUAUCUUCCAGAUGCCACCAUGCUGCUGGUGUCCGCAAGUGACCGUAGCCUCCACGUUUUCUCCACCACUGGUCUCGUCCAUGUCCCUACAUACCAUAUAUCAGGUUUGCCAAACACCCCAACUUGCCUGCACUAUACGAUAGGAGCCACAACAGAGGAUCCAUCCAUGUUGUUAGUGGGAGAUGAUCAUGGUUCUAUCACUACCAUACAGUUCCACCAACCGCAGUACUCACUAUUCAAGCGAACCAGUAGUGACCGGAUGGACACAUAUUUCUGGAAGGAACUGGAGAACCAAGCAGAUUGGGUAACAAUCAGCACUGAGCACGGAGUACACAAAGAUGAAGUGCUGAAGGUGGAGUACUUCAGCGACAAUCAUUCUGUGGUCAGUUGUAGCAGUGACCCGAACACUACGCUGAUAAUACGCUACCUGGCUGGACGUCGGGCACCAUACAUCUUCAGAAUCUCUAGAGGAGUGAGAUGUUUCCACCUGGACCGCUCACUGAAGCUGUUGGUUACUGGCAGCAAAGAUAGCAUCAUCCGCAUGUGGAAUCCUGUGCUCACCAAGAAACCUCUUGCAUCUUUGUUUGGCCACAAGACAUGUGUCGUAGAUGUCCGCAUUCUCAAACAUCUUGGAGUCAUCCUCAGCAUGUCCAAAGACGCAGCAGUGAAAGUGUGGGACCUGCAGGAUCAGACAUGCGUACAGUCACUGCCAACUCUGUUCCCGGUAGUUGGUGCAUUGGCUCGCACCGCCGAGUUUGGAGCACAAACAUUUUACCCUGGACCUGUUAGUUGUCAACCACCCAGUACCAGUGUUCAGAAUAAACAUCAGCCCAAACCCACCCCUCAGCAGACCCACCCUGCCAGCCUGCUGUCUUCCACAUCCACUACAAGACAGGAUAGGGCGAGUGCUUUCAAGAAUAACCAAGAGGAACAGAGAGACACACUGCUAUGGGACACUAGUGAGGACUCAAACAUAACUGAGGAUGCACAGCCUGACUCUUCAGAAACAAUGAACAUGGAGAUUGAAAUCACUGAUGAAACUGAGGUCCUCACUUUACAUACAGACAAAGAAUCCAGUUCCUGUAUUGAAGGAGAGUGGAAUCGCAUGGAGUUGCUGGCGGUCUGCUGCAACUAUGUGGUAGUCCUGCAGCUGAGUGGGCGGGAAUUAGGAGCUGGAGACCCACCCAGAGUGGGAGAGGCUCUUCCACCUCCCCUCCGUGAGCAGGACCCUGCUGUGCCCUCUCCCUGGCUCACUGGUCAGGUGUCCAUGCUCAACGUUGACUAUCCCUCACAAUUAUCAUCCAGCUCCAGAGAGGGCUCCCCUAUUCCACCGUCUGUACUGGAGACCAUACAGAAGAGCCUAGGCGACGAGAUGACGUAUCAGUUCAAAGCUCUCACCAGUUCCUGCCACAACCUCAAUGCUGCGAAGGCUAAGCAGUACACCAAUCAGAAGCAUGUACGUGCUAUGGUGGAGCAGUGCGCCCCCCACAUGGCCCUCAACCUCUGUCCACUGGAAGAGAUAAAGUUUAGUCAUCCGCUGCCCACUACUGCUCGUCUUCGUAAUCUUGACCUCUCCAACCCCGACAAGCUGCUCAAAGCCAAGCUCAAGCGAGACUCCACAUCCACUGUGGGCUCGAAAGCUUCUAACACUUCCACUUCCAGCACUUUACGAUCAAACCGCAACAAGUAGUUUCCCUUCAAGAGGGAUUCCCAAUCUUAAAAGAUUUUGCCAUGUCUUAAAAUAAGAUAUGUAUUGGACUAAGAAUUUUAAAAUGAGAUUAAGUAUUAAAAUAUUUUUGUACUUUUUUAAGAGGAAGCUGAAUAUAUUUAGUAUUAAUUUAAAUAUACAUUAAAAAUAGUCUCCAAAAGAAUAAUGCAGUAAUAGAUCAACAAAAUUACUGCAUUAAAAUGUGCUGUAACAUACAAUAUUAUUUAAUUUUUGGGUUUCUAUGUUUAGUUACUUUCUAUAUUUAUUGUUACAAUUUUUUACUUAUUGUAUAAAUUGUUGCUAAAUGGUUUUUUUAAUA